CACGGCGGUGAACGCGUUCGUUUAUAGAGUUGUUAUCGGUGUCGUAACACGAGCGCGCGCAUUUACCUUUCUUUUCUCCCUUUUUUUUAUAUCUCCUUUUCGUUCGCAUUCUUUAUCUCCCGUUUUGCCGCCAAACGAAGGGACGUCACGUGACUCCGUCAAAUCGUCGUGCCUGCUCAUCGGUACCUGUUCGUCUUCCGUGAUCAACGACCAGUUAAAAUAUUGAAAUCAAUUUCCUCUCUUGCUUCGUGUGAUCGGAAUAGUGUGUGUUCGAUUGUUCGAAAAAGCGAUUAUCGAGAGAUAAUUGGCGCGACUGUCGCCCGGCUUCCACUGGAACACGCGAGUCCGUCGGUGAAAAGUUGCGUUGCCAUUGAUUUAUUCGCCACGAAUAAAUUUUACGGAGGAUCCCUGCGGGACAAGGAAGAAAGAUGUCGAUUAUAAUGCAGUACGUGGACCGGCUCCACGAGAUACUCGACAAAAAUGCAGAUCAGAGGACAACGAAUUGGUUCCUGAUGAGUUCACCAUUCCCCACUCUGUUCAUAUGUCUGACCUACGUGUACGUGGUCAAAGUUCUAGGCCCUAAAUUGAUGGAGAACAGGAAGCCGUUCCAAUUAAAGAACGCUCUGAUAGUCUACAAUCUAUUCCAAAUGGUGUUUUCAGCGUGGCUGUUCUACGAGAGCCUGAUGGGAGGAUGGUGGGGCCAUUAUAGUUUCCGCUGUCAACCGGUGGACUAUAGCAACGAUCCAACAGCGGUUAGGAUAGCAAUGUCCGGCUGGCUGACUGGCGACUAUUCUAUAAGGUGUCAACCCGUAGACUACAGCGAUCGACCCCAAGCAAUGAGGAUGGUGCACGCUUGUUGGUGGUAUUACUUCUCCAAAUUCACGGAGUUCAUGGACACGAUCUUCUUCGUACUGAGGAAGAAGAACGAUCACGUGUCGACGUUGCACGUUAUUCAUCAUGGUUGCAUGCCAAUGUCAGUGUGGUUCGGCGUUAAACUCACACCUGGCGGUCACUCUACCUUCUUCGGCUUGCUGAACACGUUCGUCCACAUCGUGAUGUACACGUACUAUUUGCUGGCCGCGAUGGGACCGAAACUGCAGCCUUACCUCUGGUGGAAGAAAUACCUGACCGUCUUGCAGAUGGUCCAAUUCGUUGCCGUGAUGAUCCACGCGUUCCAGCUGCUGUUCAUCGACUGCAACUACCCGAAGGCGUUCGUCUGGUGGAUCGGGCUUCAUGCGACCAUGUUCUUCUUCCUUUUCAACGAGUUCUAUCAACAGAGUUACUUGCAGAGAAGGAAACCUCGCAAGGAUGGCCAGCAAAGUGUCCACGCGAACGGCGUGGCAAACGGAACGGUCAGCAACGGCAACAGCACCUCCUCGGGAAGAAGGGACGCGGCCGACUAUUACGUGAAGGGCGAUAGUUUGGCCGCUUCGGAGCUGAAUCUUCGAAAAUCGUACACGUCGACCGAGUGACCUGAUCGCGUCUCUUCGUGGCCGUCAUCGAUUCGUCUCGUUUUUUUCCAUCGAUUCAUCGAGUCGCAAUCCGGGUUUCGCUCUUUCAUCCUUCUGUUCUGUAACGGGUCCCUCGAAACCUGAAUGGAGAAAUGUACGCGAAAGUACAAAAGUUGUUCCGUAUUGCGACCAAUUUUAAUGUGAAAUGGUAAAGGGGAAAGAAAGAAAGGGAAGCAUGUACGAGAGAGAGAGAGAUGUGUAUAUACGUAUGAGUGUGUCACAGUACAAGUAGAUGGUCAGUGAACAUAAAUUAUUGUCUGCGAAUGUACACCUCUGCCGAAGUGUGAAAAUCGGUGAAUGUUAAUAUAUAAAUCCACAUUCACUAGUGUACAGUCCGUUUAGUGUUUUGUCAACCUUCGGCUCGCUAACGACCAGUAACGGAAAUACGCUUUCACUGCGGAAUGCGAACAUUCACCGACCAUCCGCUUCCACUGUAAGAACAUACAGUAUGUACAUUUUACGUACGUACGUAUAGAAUGUACCCAAGGUACACCCGGAUGUCGCGACUCAAUGUCACGGAUUCCUGUUGUCGCGAUUCAAGUAACCGUGACGUGUCUCUUCGGUUCGCUGUGCGUACACCUGCCUCUACCGAUAAAUCGGUUCCAUCGAGUCGGCAAGCCGCUGUUACGAAUAUGGUACAAUAACAUACGUCUUUGCAUUGCCAUGAUGAACGAUAGACUGAAUGCAUCCGUUUCUCCUCCGAUAACUUUGUAUCGAUAUACUGGGAAGCAUCCUGGGUUUUGCUAGGGAAAGUGGCGGUGUAAGGGAUCGAGGAACUACCAAUCGUUUUAAUUCGUUCGCCGCAAACUGCGAACGAAGGUUCGCUGAGUGAACGAAAUCAAUUUUUUUAAUUUAGGAAUGUUGUUGAAUUACGUACACAUUCACUGUUUUCAAUAGAAAUAGAUUUGAAGAGUGAAUGGUACUUUGUAUCAUAUUAAAUAAAUACCUUUUGUAUUGCAUUUAUUAUGUACAUAUGUGACAUGUUUAUUAAUUAGAACUUCUUAAAGUAGUUCAUCUAUAAAUGCAGAUUUUAUACAGCGUCGAUGUUUGAUCUGCCAAAUCAAUUAGCAAACAAGUGGUAACACUCCUUCCUUUACACUCUUCCUUAUCCGAAGGAAGCCUAUGUUGCAACCGAGUGUACAAAAACUUUGUUUUAAAGAUGCAACAGUUACAUUACCGACCGUGGUAAUCUUGGCCCGUGUUACGAUGCAAUAUUCGUAAUCGAGUAAUGAUUGUUUUCUUACUGACCGUGGUGAAAUUGCGAGGCCUUCCGCAACAUUUCUGUCUACAAGUAAAAACUACUCUCACCUACUUGGGGUCCGAGUGAAAUUGCCUGAUCGAUUCUCCUCCCCCUUCCUAACCUCCAACCAUCGACACUAUUAGAUAUUGUUAAAAAUAUUUUUCGAUUUAUAUAAUUUUCAAGUAUGCUGCACAAGACGAUAGCGAACCGCAAAAUGUUUUUGCUGUCAUCGCUCGUGCGCCGCUCAAAGAUUAUAUAAAAACAGGGAAUUAUAUAAGAGGAGCUAACGGUGUGUCUUGGAGUAGGAUUACGUAACAAUGCCACUGACCGUUAUCUCGUUACGUAAUUUUAAAAGAUCUUUGAUUCUCUGUUUUUUCUUUCGGUUAGGGUCCUCAGGUGUUAGAAAAUUCAUGGUUUAUUACAGCUGUACUCGUGACCUUAAUUGGAGCGAGUGAAUAGAACUGCCCACAUAUUUUCAUGUCACACAAUCAUGAGUUACAUAAACGCCACAGAAACAGGAUUUUAAAUUUACCAGUCUACAAUGAGAGUUUAAUUUCGCAAAACUAUUCGGUGAUGAGAAAAUAAUUAGGUUAUGCGAGAAUCGAGUUGUAUAUCUUUAGGCAAAUAGAAUAUUUCACUCUGGAAAUUGAAGCUUAAAGUGGUUGUAUCACAGAUUUUAUUAUAAAAGCUCUUUGAAAUUUAACUGUUAAUGAAUGUAAAUAACAUGUACGCUUCUCUUCAAUGGCUUGUAUCAAAUGAUAGAAAAAAGAUAAAUAUUUUCACCUAUUUUAUAUUAAAAAUUGUGUACUUUACAAUCCAAUUCAGGUCCUAACUUUCCAACUUAGUUGUCGCGAUACAACCACCUUAAGAACAGUUGCUUCUUUUUUCCCCAAAAAAGUAUAUAUGUAUCUUUUAUCAAUUUUUUACUGAUAGCAUUUGUUAAAUAUAUUAUUUUAUAGAAUUGUAGCGUUGCCAAUUCGUUUUGAAAGUAUGCUCCUCGCGAACUUUGGAAAGUGUCAAUAAACAAAUUCGAUGGUUCUUUAUCUGGCAGUGGUACACACAACUAACCGUAAUUCAGCAUUGUACAUAAAAUACGUUAUCUGUCCGAUAUAUUCGACUCAAAAGCCACUCAGUUAGGACAAAAGAGGGAUACGUAUUAACUAAUCACUGACUGGCUUUUAUGUCGAUUAUGUCGUAAGCAUCGCGGAGUCACGCAUAGCAAAGAAAACUCAUAUUGUCGAGGACAUUAGAGUUUUCGGUUUCAUGAAAGCGAUAAGAAGCGUCAUCCGUGCCUUGCGAGUAACAGAUGUGCCUUUAACGUCUACGUAAGAUGUUUUAGAAUAGUGAUAGACAGUUGUAAGAGGGCGCUGCGUGCACUCAAGGAGCAUCGAUGAAAGUUGACUUGCGUUAUAUUACCACGGAUACUUUCACCUACACUAGUGUACAUGAAAGUCCAUGUAAAGGCAAAUGGCAAUAUAACGAGAGUCUAUUGUAAUAGUCUGCUGUAGUCGUCUAGUUGCCAAAAGUGGGGAGAUAAAAUCAAUAUCGUUUUAUUUCUCGUACACAUUAUCGCUGCCCGUGCGCUGUACGCAAAUGCUCGCCGCUCUUCAGCGGGCAUCUGUUUAUCACUGUUCUUGACAGUGUACGCAACAACCGCCAACGAAUUCGCAUUGACGAUAAACAAAGGGGUCGCGUUUCAUUUUUGUAACACGGUCGGCAAUGUCGAAUCUGUGAUUAUCGACAUAUCGCGUCGUUAAACAUGCGUUGUAUCAGAGAUGUCCAAGAAAGCUCUGUCCACUCUGCUCCAAAUUGUACCCGUGUUCAAUAGUUAUAACACGUUAUACGGAAACUCUUAGAGAUCAAGUAUCAGUAGUAGCACUCCAUCUUAUACCUUGUCUAUGGUACAUAUUCUCCAGUGGUCACAAAAUGACCACGGAAUGAAACCAGAAGCUUCCUUGGACAUCUUUACGUUAUGAUGCCACGUCCGAGUCUGCUGUUCAAUCUUUCUUUUUUUCUUUUUGAUGUAAAAAUUAUCUAGAUUCUAGAAUCUAGAAUAGUCUUCCUUUUUUCAUAAAUAGAAGCAUGUGGUUUUUAAGCCAUUCGCAUCCAAAGUAACAGGUAUAGCCCUUAGAGACCUCUUUGAACAUUGACAUUGAUUUGACCUGUGUUUGUAAACUCCAGUGAGACGUGUCAAUAGUCCAGACUUGUAACCCAUUCAAAUUAGGCAAGUAGCUAGUCCGCAAGUGGCUUGGUAAGCUAUGUUCAUGCUCUUGAAUACUGGCAACAGGCCAGAUGAGCGGCUUGGCAAGUAACGUUCUUGUGUUUCUUGGGCGAAACCCAAUUGCUUGAUUAGUUACUUGCAAAAUAGCCGAAUUUCUGAAUCCCUAAAUUCCCAAAUCAUAUGGUAGUCAUAUGGUACCCCCGUAUGCUACGCACUUCAUGCCACGCCCCGUACUUUAUGCAGAUCUAUUAUUAUAUUUUAAAACUGCGCAGUAUUACUGGCUGAUUAUCAAACAUUGGUGAGAGAAAAAGGAGGGGGAGGACUCGGACGUGACAAUACAUACGGAAUAAACUAGAGCGUUUUUGUAUUUAAACCGCGAAUCUCUGUAGUGCUAAAUUGUUAAUCGAAUUGUUUAACCUCGUCGCCGGCGUUGUUAAAAUCGUUGUUGAUUAGUUAGGGGAUGUCUACGAGCGUUUAUAAUGUUUUAACAGACCGUUUCGAUUGGGAACACGAGGAUCAAAGUUUUUAUCGAUUUCGCACACGUUAAACCUAACAAAGCAAAAUACUUCUAUUUUUCUAAGCGGGUGGUUUGUAAUAUAGGUCGUUUUGUAUAUUCCAUAAAUGAAAUGUUUUUAUGACUGUGAAAAAAAAAAACGUUUGCGUGUGUCUCGCGUACGUGUUACGCGAUAUUUAAUAACGGAUACUUGCUCACCCUUUCGGCAUGAAGGGAUUUUAUAUACAUAGCUGUUUGUAUGCUAAAGAAACUGUUUGUACGUAUUGCCGAUAGAAUUACAACAAUUAACAUAACGAUUGUCGAAACGUUGUAUUAUAGUAUCGUACAGGCAAACAUACAGACGUCGUUCUAUAAGUAAUCGAAUUCGAGGCUUCCCCAAAAAUCGGUUAUUUAUCGAGCAGCUAAUUAGACAAGCGCUGUCCUCGUACCUCAACCAUUCCAAAGUUUCUAAACUCUCAAAUUUCUAAAGCUGCAAAUCUUUACUUUACCAAAUGACAAAUUCUUCAAAUUUGAAAGUUUGUAAAUUGGAAAAUUAGCUAUCUAUAAGCAAGAAAAUUACAAAGUUUUCCUUUCACCUCCACUCUUCCUAGGAAAACAUAUCAACUCAUACAGUAGUAUUGCAGUUUUAUAUAUUUACGUAACCAUCUCUGCCCAUUACGAAAUUUAUAAUUGAAAGUAUUUCAAAUUAACGGAGCAAAGAAUGCACGCGGGAAUAAUGCGAGAAUACGAGGAGCAAUAGCUGUCGGCUACUUAUCGAACGACGCACGUGAUCGAAUAGCAUGACACAAAACGGUCCACUCGGUGUUUCGUUCGCUUUGCACGUUUCGUACAUUUUGUACAUAGGUAGGAUAGUUUUGUACCGUCGUAAGAAACCUGCGAACAAUCAUGGUUACAGUCAUUGCGUCAUUGACGUUAGAGUAAAAAAAGAAAAUACAAGAACAAAAAAAAAUAAGAGGGAUAAUAAAGUCACGUAACGUGAGUACCGUGCGCAUAAUAAUAAUUUAUACACAGAUUUACAUUUAGAUAUUACGAAUAAAAAUAGUUAUUUAAAAAGAAAAGCAACAGCAACAACAACGAAAGAAAAACCUUUUUAUUAUGACUAAUGAAUCGUUCUGUAAAUGCGGCUAUGUACAUAAUAACGAUUUACGAAUGAACUAACAAUAAGCAAAA